AUGUUGCGGAGGAUGAGGAUGCGGUCUGGCCAGGUCUACCUGGCUCUGCUAACCUGCUGCUUUGUGCCUGCUUCCAGCCAGAUCAGGUACGCGCUCCCGGAGGAGCUGGAACACGGGGCUUUCGUUGGGAACAUCGCAGAGGACCUGGGCUUGGAUGUCUCCAAGUUGUCUUCUCGGCGCUUCAGGAUCGUCUCUGGAAGCAACAAGCAGCACCUGGAGGUCAACCUGGAGAACGGGAUUUUGUUCGUCAAUGAGAAGAUAGACAGGGAAGAAGUUUGUGAGUUCCAGCCUGCAUGUUCCUUGCACUUGCAGGUGGUGAUGGAGAACCCUCUGGAGCUCUACAGGGUCGAGGUGGAGAUUUUGGAUAUCAAUGACAACGCGCCCAGCUUCCCCUGGCAUGACUACGUGCUGGAAGUGACCGAAUCUGCGGCUCCCGGUGCCCGCUUCCCCCUGGAGAGCGCCCAGGACCCCGAUGUGGGCACCAACUCCCUGCGCACCUACAAGCUCAGCCCCAACGGUUUCUUCUCCCUGGAGGUCCAGAGCCGGAGUGACGGCAGCAAAUUCGCCGAGCUGGUUCUGGAGAGACCCUUGGACAGGGAGCAGCAGAAGACCCAUAGGGUGUUGCUGACUGCCAUGGAUGGGGGGAUCCCUGAGCGGUCUGGCACUGCCAUGGUCAUCAUCAGCGUGCUGGAUGCCAAUGACAACGUGCCAACCUUUGACCAGACCUUCUACAGGGUGAACCUCCAGGAGAACGUGCCUAGGGGGACCUUAGUCAUCAAGCUGAACGCCACCGAUCUGGACGAGGGCACCAAUGGGGAGAUCGAGUACUCCUUCAGUGGCCACGCUCCUCAGAAGGUGAGGGACCUGUUCAUGGUGGAGCCCCGCUCCGGGAACGUCAGGGUUAAAGGGGUUCUGGACUACGAGAAGUCCAAUCUGUACGAGCUGUACAUCCAGGCCAAAGACAGGGGACCGUCAGCCGUGGCCGUGCACUGCCGGGUGCUGGUCAACCUGCUGGACGUCAACGACAACGCCCCGGAGGUCAUCCUCACCUCGGUCUCCACGCCGGUCAUGGAAGACGCUCCGCCGGGGACGGUCAUAGCAGUCAUCAGCGUUAUGGAUCGCGACUCCGGGGACAACGGGGACGUCAACUGCGACAUCCCCAAAAAUGUCCCUUUCCAGCUGCACUCUUCCUACAAGAACUACUACACCCUGGUGACCACCGAGGUCCUGGACAGGGAGGCUGUGUCCGAGUACAACAUCACCAUCAGCGCCAGGGACUUUGGUUCACCACCACUCUUGACCAAGAAGGUCAUCAAUGUCCAGGUGACGGACAUCAAUGACAACGUCCCGACUUUCCUCCAACCUUCCUAUACGGUGUAUGUGAUGGAGAACAACCCGCCGGGGGCUUCCAUCUGUUCGGUGACUGCUGUGGACCCUGAUGCCAGUCAGAACUCUUACCUGUCCUACUCCAUCAUGGAGGGUCACAUCCAGGGGAUGCCAGUCUCCACCUAUGUCUCCAUUAACUCGGACAGUGGUAACAUCUAUGCCCUGCGCUCCUUUGAUUAUGAGCAGAUCAGGAACUUCCAGAUCAGGGUGCAGGCUCAGGAUGCUGGCUUCCCCCCUCUUAGCAGCAAUGUCACUGUCAAUGUCUUCAUACUGGACCAGAAUGACAAUGUCCCAGUCAUUGUGUCCCCUUUACCAAAGAAUGGCUCUGUAGCUACCGAUGUCAUCCCUAGGUCUGCCGAUCCAGGCUACCUGGUGGGCAAGGUUUCAGCCAUGGAUGCAGAUUCUGGACAAAACUCACGUCUUUCCUAUCAGAUUCUGCAGGCUACAGACGUUACAUUAUUCAGCAUUGCCUUAUACACCGGGGAGUUGAGGACUAUACGUUCUUUGGGGGAUAAGGAUGCCACCAAGCACCGACUUCUCAUCCAAGUCAGGGACAAUGGCCAGCCUCCUUUAUCCACCUCGGUCUCCAUAGUCCUCACUGUGGUGGACAGCAUCCCGGAAACUCCCUCAGAACUCAACGAUCUCCCAUUAAAUUCAGACCCCUCUUCUACCUCUUCCCUAACCCUCUACUUAAUAGUCUCCCUCGGAUCGGUGUCAUUUACCUUUCUGGUGGCUAUAAUCGUCCUCACAGUCAUUAAAUGUCACAAAGACAGAUUGUCCCUGCAGGAUUACAAGUGUUCCCUGCCUACCUGUUGCUGCCUAAGGUCUGGAGCUUCAGGAGAUGUUUUCAAGAACUCCAACAUCAACUUGCAGAUCUCUUCUGGUAAUAAAGUUCAGACCAACUGCAUGGAGUCUUCAGGGAGUGGACCCCAAAAUUACUGUUAUAAGGUCUGCUUGACCCCAGAAUCGGCCAAAAGCGAUUUUAUGUUUUUAAAGCCUUAUAACUCCACCACCCCAGAACAAUGAGAAGAUCCCAGAAAAGACCUCCCAGGGGAAAGGAGGACAAAAUCCCCCUGCUGUGAACAAUACAGUCAACGAGGUAAAUUUU